AUGGAUUUCGCCAACCUGUUCUUCCUCCUCCUCCUCCUCUCCCUCACCCCUUUCCCCCACCGCCGCCACCACCCUCUAACCCUCGCCGGCGCCGACACAACCCUGAUCGAAACCACCUGCAAAACCACCAAGCACUACGACCUCUGCCUCUCCUCCCUCAAAUCCAACACCACCAGCUCCACCGCCGACGUCAAGGGACUCGCUCUCAUCAUGAUCGGCAUCGGGACGGCCAACGCCACCUCCACCUCCUCCUACUUAACCUCGCAGCUGCCCGCUGCCGCCGCCUCGACGACCGCGACCAAGGCCGUGCUGAAGGAGUGCGCGGACAAGUACACGUACGCCGGCGGCGCGCUUCAGGGUGCGGUGGACGACGUCGGGAUGGAAGAGUACGAUUACGCCUCCAUGCAUGUGAUGGCGGCGGCAGAUUACCCGAGCGCGUGUCACAACGCGUUCCGGAGGUACAGUGGGUUGUUGGUUUACCCGCCGGAGCUUGGACGGAGGGAGGAUGGGUUGAGGCGGAUUUGCGAUGUCGUUUUGGGAAUCAUUGAUCUCCUCAUUAAUGUUGGUGGUAAUAAAUAA